AUGCUGAAGCUGUUCUGCGUGGUGGUCGGCGAGCGGGGAAGCGCGUUCCCUAUUGACAUCGCUGCACGCGAGUCUAACGGCGACGCGUGGCUCGAGUCCGAUACAGACGACGUGAAAAAGCUCAAGAAAGGCGAGAAGACCGCUCUAAUUGAAGCUUUGAUUCAUGAAGACAGUGAACUGCAGGGCGAGUCUGGCCUUCAGAAGUUGUUGAAGGAUGUGCCUAAACCAUCAACGGACGAAAUUCACGUGUUGGUUGUCAUUCCUGAAGGCGCCAGUGGUUCUCCUGCCAAGAGUGUUGCAGGGAGUGCCCAAGACUUGUUUGAAGCACAUCGCGAUAGCACGGAAAAAUGGCUGGCGAAGUUCCACACGAAAAGGAUCGAGUAUCACUCAUUGCCAUCGAUUGUGUCGCUGCCAAGCUUCAUCGAGCAACCUCUGCCUGUGAAGAUUUCGAUGAAGAAGAAGACUCUAUUUGCGUGGUCAUCAUUUCCUGGUGGCGUCAGCGCGGAUGUUCGAGAAAAAAUAUUUGCGACUGAUGAUGUGGCGCCGUGUAAGAAGAUCAAAACGAAGAUAGAAAAUAUGUUGGAACCGCUACGCAGUGGAGAAUCCGAGAGUUCAUACCAUUGGUUUUGGGAUACGGUGUUUCGUGCCGUGCUCGAUGUUGUGUUCACUCGCGCACGUAUGAAUCGCGACUCAAGCAAGAAUUCAUCCACUGGAAACAAGCAACCUGACUUUUUGUUUAUCCUGAAUGACGUAUGCGUCUUUCGUGGUGAAGAGAAAGAACCUGGCACCAACAUCCGCCUGCCGCGAGACGAGCUCUGUCAGAAGCUUGCAUGGGUAUAUGGAACAGUACCUUACAUUUUCGGCUAUGCUGCGUCGGGCUACAAGAUCGAUUUAUUUGCUUUGUUUCGCAGCACCAGUAAUCUGCCAAAAGCUGAGAGCUACCGUAUUGGAGAGUUUGACUUGGAACUUGCAGCAGAUCGCUUCGAGUUGUGCUCGCGCUGUUGA